CUGUCAAAUGUAAAAUGACCGAAUUCUCAAAUGAUCUCAUCUUUUAUCUUGAGCUUUCAUUUGUCUUAAUAAUGUUAGAUAAGUCAAGGAAAUGCCGUAUGGAGAACUUAAUGGAGGCCACCGCUGGACUCAGUUAGGCUAUAAACGCUGAGUUUGGGACAGUAUCCGCCUAUAACGUUACUUUUCCAUAACUAAAACAACAGAAUGAUGCUAUAAUUAGGUCUGUUGUUGGAGGUUUACACAUCUAGCCAGUGUUCUGUUGAAUUUUGAAUGGUCAUUUGUUCUCUUGAACUAAUAUGGGCAUAGACACUUUUCCAUUGCGUUAACAUUUCAAACAAUUCUGUGCAUGUCACUCUUUCUCUGGACAUUUUAAUUGCAUUAACCCAACUGAGUAGUUUCCCAUGACCAUGGUCUUCGUUUAUAGGAUUACAGAUCCAAGAAUUACCUUUCUCCAUACAACAUGCGAGUCACUGAUGGAGCUCACAAUUAAAAUGUUGCAGAGAUCCUUGCCUGCUUUUAGACAACAGGCCGUAGGCUAAGUCUUCUAUGCUUGUGGCUACUCUUGAACCUUAGGCUAUAAGAUGUUAUGUAUGAGCACAUUCAACACAUCUUUAAUUUGUGGUCUUAGAAAAACAACGCUUUACUUUAUACUGGUACACACAAAGUAGCCAGCACAUUGGCUGUUUGGGUAUAAUGGGAGUGUCGGCUCUGGCUUGCCCGUUUCAGUUCAAUCCAUAAGCACGCGCUUCUGGAGCCAGGCACUUUGAGCGCUUAGGAUUGGUGCUCACAAGCAUGCCUUUGUUUAUUUUCAUCUGCCUGCCAAAGAGAGAAGGCAUCGCUAAAUACUUCUUUAGCGUCGCCAAGCAACCCUCAGUCGCACAGACAAAGGCAACGGCAUCAGAGGGGGUUGAAAGACAGAGAGGCUGGGAGAGAUUGUGAACAUGAGAAGGACCAAUUGAGCUGCCUUUUCAACUCUGCCAUGGAUAUCUUGGUCCAUAUACCAUUAGCAACACGUUUUAUGUAGUCCGCUUUUAAAAAACAUAAUAGACUCACUGGCAUGCUCCAGAUUUGUUGCAUGCUCUUUUGCCAGUUGAUGAUAACUCACAGAUUUUCUGAUUUGAUUGAACCAAUGAAUGAAGAAGGACAACGUACAGUUGAACCACAGAAGCACAGGCUUGUGAGAACCAAAUGCAGUUAUCAGAUGUUGUUUAGAAAGAGGUGUUGAAGAAGGGUUCAUCACAGCCAAAAAGGAGUGGGAGAGGCUUACUCAUGAGCCGUAGGAUUGUCCAUGACUGGGCGCUCACAGACGCAGACGGACAUGCCUCAUGGCAAUUAGUACUGAGCACAGGGAGUGGAGGGACAUGCUUUGUAGCCUUUGACUAGGUUCCAGCCUGUUGACAAUGAAAACUCUCUGUGCCUACAGACAAUGCUUAGCCUCUCAAAGGACCAUUCUCCUAUUGAGUCUACUUAAUUACAUUCAAUCUCAACUUCAAAACUUCAUAAGCACCAUCCAGUCAUUAUUGAACAGAAAGCAAGAACAGGCAUCAGGCAUUGCACGUAUUGCAUUGUAAUCAUAAUUUUACCCUACAGAAGAGGCAGGAAGUUUGCAGACCAGAGGAAGUUAGCAUGAACACACUGAGCAGGCCGCUGAGUGUGAUGGGUUCAUUUAGGCGCCCGCGCCCUCGUUUCAUGAGCUCGCCCGUGCUCACAGACCUUGCCCGCUUCCAUGCAAGUUCGCCUGCGCUGCAGCUGUCAAAUGCUAGCAUGUGGAACAGUGUCCAGUCUGCUGUGGUCAAAGUGUUCCAAGGAGGAGGCUUGCAGACCAAUGAGCUCUUCACCCUCAAUGAAAGCAUAAGGUGGCUUCUGAAAACAGAACUGGGCUCUUUCAUCACUGAGUAUUUCCAGAAUCAGCUUCUAAACAAAGGCCUUGCUUAUAUACUGGAGAGAAUUCAGCUAUAUGAUGGUGAUGACCAGCUGCUCAUCCUGUCUGAGAUGUGGGGCAGAUUCUUUACAGAAACCAUGCCGACCCUUCAGGCCAUCUUCUAUCCAGUGCAGGGCCAGGAGCUCACAGUCAGACAGAUGGCCCUACUGGGCUUCAGAGACCUUGUGCUCCUAAAGCUGCCCCUGGAGACCCUGCUCCCCAAAGCGCCUCCUCCUCACCCUCCCGCCAUCACACAAAUGCUGCUCAUCCUCCAGGGCAUCCAUGAACCCAAUGGGCCUACUGAGGAAUACUGCCUUCUAGAGAGACUAGUGGCUAUGGUCAUCUCGCCGUACCUGGGAAACGACCUCAGUUGGAGCAACGGGGAACAUCUUCCAGAAUGCAACCUGCCCCACUCCAGAUCACAGUUUGGCCAGCCAGAGAUCAUGAUCACACAGUUUGACCCACUCGGACCCCUGGUGGAACAAGAGGGUGAGGCCUACCUGGAGAAAGCAGGUGGCAUUCGACGUCACACAGUUGCUAAUGCCCACUCAGACAUUAAGCUCCUCUCCACGGCCAGCAGGAUGCAUGCUGGCCGUGGGGAGACUGGAGGGGGCAGUAUGGCGGCCAAGACAUUCUCCAGUGAACCUGACAUCCUAGAGUCCCCUGUAGGGCUAAUCGGACUAUCUAGACGGCAGAGUUCUGGAGACCUCAUCUGUGCGCCACCCAGCUAGCACUGUCACUGGAGAUGGCCCUCUUCACUGGACACCGGCCUGGGAGGUCCAAAUGGACCCCUCUGAAGAUGAGCUUGUGUAAAGGAGGACUCCCUUCACUGAUGGGGCCUUAUGGGAGAUCACUGCCUCUACUCCUGCUUUUCACUGAAUGCAACACUUCCCCUAACAGGGGAAUGAAUGCAACACUUCCCCUAACAGGGGAAUGAAUGCUUUCCAGCUGUGGGAUUUGUAUGCCACUGUGUUCCAGCCUGCAGCCAGAUGCCUUUAAGUGGUGGAGGGCGAAGGCACAGGAAGCUCCAUCUUUAGGAAUGGGGACGGGAUCGGAGCGGUCUGUUAUCUUGGGGAGAGAGGCACAGGCUCCUCCCCUUCGGUCCCAUCCGCUGUGGAAGUGUCACUGGUGUGUGGAAUUCCAGUCCUGCUCAGCAUCACCACUUCGUUUACAAAGACUUCAUUUGGUAUUAACACCAAAACCUCACACAACCAUGACGUGCCAGGGAUGAGUUUACAUAGUAUAGUCUGUAGAGGAGCUGGUCCUUUAUUACUUUCAGUUGCUUGAGUCUCUGAAGGUUCUUGUAAAGCACAUUAAUGAACAAGUGAUACUGAUGAACUGGACUUUAGUCAUGGAGCGGUUUUGUCCAGUUUUUUGGUGAAUGGAGGCUCUGGUACAAAAUAUAUAUGUGUUGAAUGUUUAUUAAGAUUUUUCCCCAAUGUAUUUUUCAAUAAAAUGGAUGAAUAAAAUA